AUGCCCUUGUUUCGCUUGAACCCAUUCAAAUCACUAAAUAACCAUCUAACCACCACCACGAAGCCGUCGAUUAUCUGUGAGAAUUGUCUCCACAAACAACCUCAAAACACAACAAAUGAUGUCGUUGUCGCCAGCCUCGUUGUGCUUUGUUCCUACUUCCUGGCCUUCCUCGAUGACCUCGAAAUACAGCUUGCUACAAUUCGCAGUGUUGAGCGCGGGGUUAUUGUGUGCCUUCUUGGCGGAACUGUUUUCCUGAGUUUCCUUGGGGUAUCUUUCUGGGUUGGCGUGGUUCUGCUUCCAUGGCUCAUCGGAGCUUGGAUUUUGUGGACUUAUGUCAGUCGUGGGUUCGAGAAAACCGUUUCUGCGCUGGACGAUUGA